GCCAACUUUACGCCGAUUGGUAAAUUAAAUUGCUUUGAGGUUUUCUCUAGUAUGUUUAACUGCUAAAAUCUGCUGUAAAUGUAGUGGAGCAGAAAUUGCAACUAACUAGUUAAUUUUAAUUGACUCUUUACUUGAUGAAAUUUUGGGUUCUCACUGUGGUGCGGUAUUAUAUGAGGUUACCACGACAGUGAAGAUGUUGUCUUGUUGGUUGUUAUGCCUUGUGAACUUGAAAUCGAUGUAGAAUCUACAGGUGGUAUUUAUACGGCAAUCGGAAAAUAUGCGGUUUUGAGCACGCGAAUAUGAAUUUGUAGUACAAAGGUUAUAUCUGUGAUGAAGUGAACAUUUAUUUCAAACAACACACAAGAUGGUUGUUCAUGUAAUGUGUUUGACAACUUCUGGUGGAUUACCGCUGUUUACGAGAAAAAGAGGAAAUGGCGAGCCUGUUAGUUUUUUAUCUCCCAUUUUCUGUAGUUGCAUCUUUUAAUGGAGUUCACAUGUUCGGGAAGUCACAUUCUGUUGUACUGAGAAGCACAUCAACACAAGAGACAGUUAUCCUUUGGAAGGUUAGAGAGGACAGUGUAACACUAAUUGCUGCAGCAUGUGGAGCUAGUGAAAUGCUUCUUGAUCAACUGCUAACUUCAGUUUUUCAUGCGAUGGUGCUUGCUGUUGGUAUUAAUGAAUUAUGUUCAACUCGUAAUGCGGAACGUCUCAAGAGAGAGCUCAGGAUUUGCUACCCUUUAGUAGAUCACCUGUUGGAAUGUGUGGAAGCAACAGGUACUGACCUGACAGCAACCUGCAACAAUGAUAUUCUGGGUUUAGUAGAAGUCAUGCUAUGUCCAGAGAAUCACUUACUGCAGAGUUUGGUGGAUGCUUGGGCAGAGUGUAUGGACUCCCUCUAUGGAUUUCUGUUAAUCCGAGGUUGUGUAGCUGUGGCCACAUCUAGCUGGUGGCAACUUGAUCCGGAGGAAAAGAAACUGCUUGCACUCCUUGUGUCUGUCAAAGGAACCUGCAAGACCUGUGACAUACCUGUGUUCCUGCCUUGUAAAAGUCCAGCUGUUCCUUUCAGACUCAUUGUAUGUGGGUUGACUGGAGGCAUACAGAUUUGUGCUCUGUGUGGACCAUCUCCACCUCUCACAGAAGUAGAAUAUGUCUCCAUUCAGUGUUGGAAAGGGGCUGUUGAUAUUUUACGAGCUGCAGAACGGUGCUUUCCUCGGAACUUCCCUCCUUGCAUCCAGCUUGACUCUGGUGUCUUGGGAAUAUUACUGGUGGAUCGCCAAGCAGGCAAAUUCUUGCUUUCUCGAAACCAGUGUGCAGAUGCAGGAAAGAAAGAGUCUCAAUCACCUAGUGGAGCCCAUAGGUUGGAUGUUCUUCGAACUUUCUACCACCAAGUGGCAGAUACUUUUAUGAAUCAUUCAUCAGACAACUCAGAAGGUGCAGCAGCUUGUGAGCAGCCUUCAACUUCUGCAGCACUUGAAACAUACUGGUGCUCAGAGUACCAUAAGUGCCAUGCAUUACGCCAUGGUGCAACACUAUUGUGCGUCUUAUAUGCAUCUGCUGUGCCAAUUCAUACAAUGAGGCUCAUAACUCAACGGACAUUGAAAUUUCUCACAGCAGAUAAACAACUUUGUUGGUAACAGAUUUCAGCUGGAGUUACAUGUCUACAAAAUAUAGCAGCAUUGCUACUGGGUACCUGAUUAUGGAAAUUCUUUCAUGAAUAGGUACAGGAACUCUACGCUAAGAAGUCAUUUCUACAUUACUUAAUGUAAUCAGCAUUACAUUGGUGAAAAGGAUAUGUUGAAUUAAAAUUACAGUUUCACUGAUAAUCCAUAAUUCAAGACUGUGUAAGGAAAUAUCCAUUUCAGAAAGUUAGAAAUGAGGAAAGGUCAAUGAAAUGAUCACAUAGAACGUGUCAAGAAGAUUGCAGAAAAAGUUAUUAACAUGUAAAAAGUAAUGUUUGUAUCAGAUAUUAUGCAUUGUCUGAAAAUAACCUUCAUCUACAUGAUUGUUAUAUUAAUAUAUAUUCAUAUAAAAACUAUAGGAUCUCGUUUUGUGUUAUGACAGAGACUGCAUAUUCUCUCUCUGACACUUUGCAUCAUGGAUCUCAUUUGUCUCAGCAUUGAGUCAAUUGGAGAUCCAACAUGACAUUUUAAAUGAAGCAGCUUCACUGUUAAUCAACUUAUUAACUUCACAUGGGUUUCAUUUGUGUUCUCUGACGUGUUGCUUGAGACGGACAUCAGUAUGGCUGAUUUAUGUAACAGACUCGGAGAAAGUUUGAUGGUCACCCAGAGUACUCUUGUAUGUUUACAUUUGAAAAUGUAGCAGCAAGUUAUGUACUUCUUACAAGGGACCCCAUCAACUGAGGCAUUUGGAGAUUAGCAUCAUGGCAGUAGACCCUCCUGUAAUUUCUUUCCCAAAACAUUAAGAGUCGACACCCCACUGUUUCUUUUUAAUGCAGGAUUUUAUGUUCUAUAUACUUUACUAUUUGUUUAUAAGUCUCAUAAAACUAGGCAUGCUUACAUUGUUGGUGAUUGUUUAGUUCAUAGCGUGUCUGUGUAUGGUGCUGGCAGCUCAAAUUUGAUUUCCAUUGUAGUUUUUGCAUUUAUUUAUUUUACUUCUUCUAUAAUUCACAUUUGAGAAUAAGAGGAGUAUAGUUGAUUUUUCAAUGUGAAAAUAAACAGUCCCCCCUUCAAGGCAACUACAGGUUGGGUACAAGAUUCUGAAAUACACAAACCUUUUACUCUGUUGAGGAGUUCUUACAGUUUAAAAUGGACUCAUAAUCCUUCUAGAGGUUGUUGCUUUUAUAUACUGCAAAUCAUCAGGAUUAACAUGUCUGCUGUAUAGCAGUAGAUUUAGUCUAAUGUCAUAAUAUUUGUUUGUUGAACCUUCAUCAUUGGUGAAACCUAAUUAAUAUUUCAAAUUGUACUCAA